CAGAAAACAAAAUCAAAAUGAAAGAUCAUUAUACCCACGCUUUCACAGAACUCCAGAUCCCGCAUCAAAGAAACUGCAACUCCAUUUCUUUCCCUUCAGUUCUCUCUCCAAACCCAACAAAUGUUCCGUUUUCUUUAUCUCUUUUGACCAAAACCAUUGCCACCCAGAAACAGUUUCUUGAUUCUCUACUGCAUAGAGCAGGAGCUGUGCUUUUUAGAGGGUUUGAUUUUAAGACAGCCAAGGACUUCAACGACUUUGUUGAGGCUUUUGGGUACGAGGAGUUGCCAUACAUGGGUGGUGCUGCUCCUCGGACCAACGUUGUUGGUCGGGUUUUUACCGCCAAUGAGUCUCCGCUUCAUCAGAAGAUUCCGUUUCACCAUGAAAUGGCUCAGCUUCCUGAGUUUCCGUCCAAGUUGUUCUUCUUCGGUGAAAUAGAGCCCAGUAGCGGAGGACAAACUCCUUUAGUUCUUAGCCAUAUUGUCUAUGAAAGGAUGAAACAGAGGUACCCUGAAUUUGUUGAACAUUUAGAGCAACAUGGAUUGAUUUAUACAUUGGUGCUAGGAGAGAAUGAUGAUCUUUCAUCACCAAUCGGCCGCAGCUGGAAAUCUACAUUCUCGACUGAUGACAAGAGCCUGGCUGAAGAAAGGGCUGCCAAGUUGGGAACGAAAUUGGAGUGGAUGAAGGAUGGUGGAGUGAAAACAACCAUUGGUCCAAUUCCAGCUAUUAAGUAUGACAAAUUAAGGCAACGCAAAAUCUGGUUCAACAGCAUGGUACCUGCUUAUAUUGGGUGGAAAGGCGAGCAAAACGAUCCUGUCGAGGUGACUUUCGGGGAUGGCAAACCAUUGCCAGCUGAUAUAAUCUAUGAUUGUCUGAAAAUCAUGGAAGAGGAAUGUGUUGUCAUUCCUUGGCAGAAAGGUGAUGUUUUGCUGAUAGACAACUUGGCUGUGCUCCAUGCCAGAAGAUCAUCCAAUCCUCCGCGCCGCAUUUUAGCUUCACUUUGCAAGUAAUGAAGGUGAAGCCCUUUCCCCCCAUCAACUUUGUUACAAACUUUUUGAAUCAUGGGGUGGGUGGGUAAGCCCUUUCCCCCAUUUAUUAAUCGUUGAUUAUAUAUCAACUCUUCUAUGCUUUGCAAGACAUAAAGAUAUGUAUAAUCUUAAUGAG